UUGCCGCGAGUUAGUUCGAGAGCAGCCUGGACUCAAAAUCAAAAGAGUAGGUAGGUCCCUGAAAUGCGUAUCAUGUGUCUUGCUGAAGGAUUUUACGACCAGAAUUCCCACAAUUCAGAGCGUGGCCCCGCCUCCCGUGGCGUUGUGCCUGGGGAUUGGCCGCUUUUGGCGCCGGGGCGUGGCUGUGGUUGAGAGCGAACUGAAAAGGGACGUCGCCAUGGCCCACGCUGAGGCACUAGGUCCUCGACGCUCGAGCUUGCGGCUCUGUUUACCUGUACUCGGUCUCCUGUGGCUCUUGUGUUUGUUUGAGACCCAGGCCAACAAGCUCAACGUGCCACAGGUGUUGCUGCCCUUCGGCCGGGAGUCGGGCCCUGUGCCCUUCCUGCUGGAGGCCCAGCGGGGCUGCUACGUCUGGCAUUCCACACAUGAUGAUGUAGUUACUGUUGAGCCUUUGUAUGAAAAUGGCACCUUAUGUUCUCAAAGAGCUGCACUCAUUUCGGAAUCUACCCAGCCAAUACGCCUCAGCAGUGUUAUUCUUGCUCGAGAAAUAGUGACUGACCAUGAGCUACACUGUGAUGUUAAGGUUGAUGUGAUAAACAGCAUUGAAAUUAUAUCUCGGACCCGGGAACUCUAUAUAGAUGAUUCACCUCUGGAACUGAUGGUGAGGGCAUUGGAUGCUGAAGGAAAUACUUUUAGCAGUCUGGCAGGGAUGAUGUUUGAGUGGAGCAUUGUUCAGGAUGACACGUCAGCAAGAGGAGAACUGUCUAGCAAAAUUAGGAUUCUGAAAUACUCUGAAGCAGAAUAUUCUCCCCCAGGCUAUAUAGUUGAGAUGGAAAAAGAAGAGAAACGAGGAGAUAGGAUUUUGGUGUCUGGCAUUAGAACUGGUAUUGCUGCUGUAAAAGUUCGAAUUUAUGAACCAUUCUAUAAGAACGUGGCAGCAGCACUGAUACGUCUCCUUGUUUUAGAGAAUAUCUUUCUUAUACCAUCCCAUGAUAUUUAUCUCUUAGUAGGAGCAUAUAUUAAAUACAAAGCUGCAAAAAUGGUUCAGGGAAGAAUGACAGAGGUGAAAUUUCCCCUGGAACAUUACACACUGGAAUUGCAAAAUCAUAGAGUUACACAGAAUGGAUCUCUUUCUAGCAAAGUGGCUUUACUGGAUGAGAAAACGGCCACAGUGACUGCCUUCCAAUUGGGCCAAACUAAUCUUGUCUUUGUCCACAAAAAUGUGCACCUGCGAUCUGUCUCUGUUCCCCCAAAUUGCACCAUAUAUGUUGUAGAUCCUGGAUUUUUAGGUUUCACUGUCUCCCCUGGAGACCGAUGGAGUCUGGAGGUGGGACAGGUGUACCCUAUUUCAGUAGAGGUGUUUGAUAAAAGCAGCAUGAAGGUCUACAUUUCAGAUAACCUUAGAAUUACUUGUGACUUUCUAACGGAGUACUUUGAAGAACAGCUAACGACUGUUAAUGGAUCUUACCAUGUCGUAAAAGUCCUGAAAGCUGGUGUGGUUAACAUAAAUGCAUCUCUGAAUUCCAUUAUUCACCAGAACAACAGUAUCCGACCUGUCAAACCUCAGAUUCAGCACCAGCAAGAAGUGGUUAUUUAUUUCCCCAUCAGGCUCACACCUCGCUCCCUGGCAUUUCCUCGUCACCCCCGGGGAGUGCUGUACCACUAUCAAGUGCAGGUAGAGGGUGGUAGUGGCAACUUCACCUGGACUUCUUCUAAUGAUACAGUGGCCAUUGUAACCACCAAAGGAGUAGUGACUACAGGUCGAGUCAGGGGGAACAGCACAGUAUGGGCCCGAGAUGUACAAAAUCCCUAUCGCUAUGGGGAGAUGAAGGUGUAUGUCCUAAAGCCAGACAAGAUGGAACUGUUACCGCUCCGUGCUGACGUGGAGAUUGGCCAGACUGUCGAAGUCCCCAUUGCAAUGUAUCAUGUGAAUGAGACCAAACAGGCUGUGGCAUUCACAGACUGCUCUCAUUUUCCGGUGGGUCUUGAUGUGGAUAAGCAAGGAGUCUUCACUCUCCUUGAAGGAGGUAUUCAAAGACCUGGACGAAUGCACUGCUCCAGUGCACACAUGGUGGCCAGGUCUCCAGGCCACACGGUGGUGACUGUGAGAGUCAGUGAGCACGAGGAGCGCCUGGAGAGCAGCGCCACAUUCGCAGCCUAUGAACCCUUGAAGGUCCUAAGCCCCACGGAAGUGGCGUUGGUGACGUGGCGCUCUGUGAAGGAGAUGGUGUUUGAAGGAGGCCCGCGUCCCUGGAUCUUGGAGCCCUCCCGCUUUUUUCUGGAGCUGAACACAGAGAGGAGAGAGAAGGUUGAAGUAACAGAAGUCCGGCUGCCAGCUAAGAGGAAGCAGAACCAGUACAUAUACAGAGUCCUGUGCUUGGAUUUAGGGGAACAAGUUCUCACAUUCCGAAUUGGAAAUCGCCCAGGUGUUCUGAACCCUAGCCCAGCUGUAGAGUCCGUGCAAGUACGUCUCGUGUGCGCCCACCCCGCCAGUGUGUCAGUGACACCAGUGUACACAGUGCCAGCUGGUGCCCAGCCAUGUCCUCUGCUGCAGCACAGUGCGCAACUGAUUCCUGUAUCAAGCCUGAGGGACACAGUCCUGGAACUCACAGUGUUUGAUCAACAUGGAAGAAAGUUUGAUAAUUUCAGCUCACUAAUACUAGAAUGGAAAUCUUCAAAUGAAACACUAGCCCAUUUCGAAGAUUAUAAAUCAAUGGAGAUGGUAGCCAAAGAUGAUGGCAGUGGGCAGGCGCAAGCACAUGGUCAUCAGAUCCUUAAAGUACAUCAGAUAAAAGGGACUGUAUUCAUUGAAGUCAAUUUUGUAGGCUACUCAGAAAGGAGGAGCCCAAAGGGCCUCUCCAGCAUGCCCAAGUCUGCGGCCCUGGAGCUGCUCCUGGUGGAGGACGUGACCGUGAGGCCGGAGAGCGCCACCAUCUACAACCACCCCAACGUGCAGGAAGUAUUUAGUCUCCUGGAAGGCUCUGGUUACUUUUCGGUCAGCAGCCGUGAUCAGGAUGUCGCCAGCAUCACUUAUGCAGAAGCAGAGAGCUCUGUGCAGUUAGUUCCUGUGCGUCCGGGAUUUCUCACCUUGGAAGUCUAUGAUCUGUGCCUGGCUUUCUCCGGUCCAGCAAAAGCCCACCUGAGGGUGUCAGACAUACAAGAACUGGAGCUCGAUUUGAUUGAUAAGGUUGAGAUUGGCAAAACUGUGUCAGUGACAGUGAGGGCUCUCGACUCCUCUAAACAGCCAUUCCGAAAUAAAUACUUCAGGGACAUGGAGCUCGGGCUGCGACUCGCCUCGGCCAUCGCCACGCUGUCACUAAUGGAGGAACAGGAUGCAUACUCUGAAAGCUACGUCCUUCGGGCUGUCGCCGUUGGGCAGACCACACUUGUGGCCACCACCAGAGACAAGAUGGGAAGACAAUUCACAUCAGCCCCUCGGCACAUUGAAGUGUUUCCUCCAUUCAGACUUGUUCCAGAGAAAAUGACCCUGAUUCCAGCGAACAUGAUGCAGGUGACGUGCGAAGGCGGCCCUCAGCCUCAGUCCAUCAUCCUCUUCUCCAGCAGUAAUCAGACGGUAGCUGUCGUUAACAGGAGGGGGCAGGUUACAGGCAGAGCAGUUGGCACAGCAGUGGUCCAUGGCACCAUCCAGACAGUAAAUGAAGAUACUGGCAAAGUCAUUGUAUUUUCCCAGGAUGAAGUACAGAUUGAAGUCAUCCGGCUGAGGUCUGUUAGGAUCGUUGCAGCUACGACGCGACUCAUCACUGCUGCCGAGAUGCCGGUGUAUGUCACAGGAGUGACCAGCACACAGAGCCCCUUCUCCUUCAGCAAUGCCCGCCCGGGGCUUGCCUUCCACUGGUCCCUGAGUAAAAGGGAUGUGUUGGAUCUAGUGCCCAGGCAUUCAGAGGUUUCCCUGCAGCUUCCAGAAGAGAAUAACUUUGCCAUGGUUGUUCACACAAAGGCAGCCGGCAGGGCCAGCAUCAAAGUCACCAUCCACUGUGUGAACAGUUCCUCUGGGCAGUUUGAGGGGAGUGUGUUGGAACUGUCUGAUGAAAUUCAGAUCCUGGUGUUUGAAAAACUCCAACUUUUCAAUUCAGAGUGGCAGCCUGAGAAGAUUCUAAUGCCUAUGAAUUCUCAGCUCAAAGUCUAUACUAACAGAGAGGGAGCAGCCUUAGUCAGCACCCGAGUACUCCAUUGUUUCCCUAAUUCGUCCGUGGUUGAGGAGGAUGGUGCAGGACUCCUGAAGGCUGGUUCUGUCGCAGGGACUGCUGUGCUGGAAGUCACUUCUGUUGAACCUUUUGGAGUCAACCAGACAACCAUAACUGGAGUCCAGGUGGCUCCAGUGACCUACCUGCGUGUGAGCAGCCAGCCCAGACUGCACACAGCCCCAGGAAGGACCCUGUCAGCCUUUCCAGUGGGCAUGGCUCUCACCUUCGUUAUCCAGUUUUACAGUAGCAUUGGAGAGAGAUUCCAUACGCACAGCACUCAGCUUUAUCUUUCUCUGAACAGAGAUGACCUGCUGCUUAUUGGACCAGGGAGUGGGAACUAUACGUACACAGCCCAGGCUGUGAGCAGAGGGCUAACACUCGUGAGGCUCUGGGACCAGCGGCACCCAGGCAUGGCGGACUACGUCCCCGUUGCCGUGGAAUAUGCCAUCGAGCCAGACACCGCGUGGACCUCCGUGGGGGACGUCAUCUGCUUCAGCACGCAUCUUGUCGACGAGCAUGGUGAGCCUGGAAUGUGGAUGAUCUCUGAUGACAGUGUUCUACAGAUGGAUGUUGCCACUGGAGUUGGCGUGGCCAGGAAUCCCGGAGCCGCACUGAUUUUUCACGACAUCCCGGGAGUAGUGCGAACAUAUCGAGAGGUGACAGUCAAGGCAUCAUCAAGGUUGACAUUCACAUACGACCACAAGACUUCUAUCACCAACACCCCCAAUGCAGCUGCCUUCAGAUUCUUCAUCACUACGGACAGCAGUGGUGUCAACCUGAAAGGCUCUUGUACCCCAAAUCAGGCCUUGGCCAUCACAGAGGCCCUUUCUCCAGAGACCCUUGUGCUGUGCCAUAUACAGUUCAGUAAUACUCUGCUGAACAUUCCAGCAAGUAAAAUCUUCCACAUCCACUCAGACUUCAGCGUGGAGAAAGGGGUGUACGUCUGCCUGAUCAAGGCUAGACUGCAGUCAAAGGAGCUGCGCCGGGCCCUCAGCGUGGCCGACACCUCGGUCUAUGGCUGGGCCUCGCUGCACAGUAACAGCACCAAGUCUGGGAUGCAGAGAGUCCUCCUUCCCUUCACCCCAGCCUUCUACAUCAACCAGUCGGAGCUGCUACUCGGCCACAGACGGGGCACAGGGGUGCUCCAAGUCCUGGGUGUGGACAGGGUUCUCCAGAGCUUAGAGGUCUCCCCCAGCUCCCCGGUGCUCGUGGUCUCUAAGCACUGGCACUCCCCCGGCGUGGCCACCUACCCAGUCCUGGUGGCCAACUUCACUGCCCUCCAGCAGAUGGCCUUCCCUGUUUUCAUCAACAUCUCCUGCUCACUCACAAGCCAACGUGAGGCUGUGGUGGUGAGAGCUGCGAGAGAGAAGUCCCACGCAGAGAAAUGUGAAGAUUCGGGUGUCUUCAAGCAAUUGAUUGGCUCUUACCAGAUCCUCUUUACCUUCUUUGUGGUGCUGGCAUCCACAGCUUUCAUCUUUCUAGCAUACAAUGCCUUCCUAAACAAGAUGCAAGCCGUUCCAGUUGUUUAUGUACCAAAUGUAAGGACGCCACAGCCAGGUCUUUAUACCUCCACAGAUUCUCCUCCUCCCUUCACAAGCCCACAAGCCCCAGGCCCCCACAGCCAGCUUCCGCACUGGCUAUGGAGCGCAAGGCACUGACCUUGGACACGUCCCCUGUAACUGUCAAGGGAAAGAUUUCCAGCCCAGCCACAUUCUCUACACUAAGCCUCUGAAACAAGACUCCUGCAAGUAUAAUCACAGGAUUUUAAGCUGUUUUAAUAAAAGUGGUGUUGGA